AUGAGUGAGCCAUCCCCACCUAACCCAUUGUUACUUUCUUACCUCAGUUUUGGAAAAGAAGUUGCGAAAAACGUGAAGACAACUUUUGAUGUGGAAGCUUACUAUAACUUCCUAUUCACGUCGCGGUCGAAACUCCGAUGGGUAGAGUUUGAGUAUUGUUUAAAGUAUCCACUGAGAUUACUCAAAGCAGAUAUGUCGCAAGCGCCUCUUUUUCAGUUUCCUUCGAUAGGAGAAUCGAAGAUAUACACCGACUUUUUGGCGACUCUGCCGGACUCUCAGUCGAUACAAUUUGGAAAGAAAGUGUCGCAACUUCCGUUGAGUAUACACGUUCCUGCUUUGAUAGAUGUUGGGAAUGAAAUAGUUCCCGACUCUGCGAGUUGGAGAAGUGUAUGUGAACAAAUCAGUGUGUAUGAACUCCCAACGAAGAUGUGCGACACUAUUAUCGACCGCUUACAAGAAUUCAGUCAGGAGAAAUUGCCAAAAAUAGAAGAGCCGAUCACUCUGACACAAGAACUGAUUCAAAGAAGAGUCGAGUCGAAGAGCGCCAUCUGGGACUUGUUCAAACAAAACACUCGAAAAACUCAAGGGACUAACGAACGAGACAAUAACCCUAUUUCAAAAUUCCAAAAACAACACAAUAUGUCAGACCAACAAGAACAUAGUGAGACAGUGGAAGGAUCUUCAGACACACCUGUCAAGUUCGACCAACAAAAGGAAUUUAGAGAACGCGAGAAGCCGAUUGAUUAUCAAAGAGACUCGGAGAAGAAGAGAGAUAGCUUUAGAGAUGUUCGAGAGGUGAGGGAGAAUAGAGACAGUCGAAGUGAGAGAGACGUGAGAGAGAAGAGAGAUGGGUAUGACCAAGCGUAUGCCGAUUAUCAAUUUCAAAGGUAUGGAAGAGACACAAUAUCAUAUGCAAAACCACCAGUGAAUGAUGUGGUACCAUUUCCUAAGAGAGACGAAUAUGAUGGGUUCAGACCUAGAGAUUUACCAAUGGACUUACCAAGAGAAGUCCCAAGAGAAUUGCAAAGAGAACUCCCACGCGAUUUGGGAAGGGAAUUGCAGAGAGACUUAACACGUGAAGUACCAAGAGAGAUGAAUAUACCCCGAGAAGCACAACGGGACUUGUCUAUGAGAGAAAUGACACGGGACGGAAGAAAUGACUCACAGAGGGAAUUUGGAAGAGAACCAAAUCAGAUGAGAGAUUCACUGAAAGAUAGUAAAGAUCUGAAAAGAGAGGAGUUUGGAAAUGUCAUCGACACAUUCAACGAACAGCCACAACUGUCCAUUAUAUUCGGGUGA